GAAAAGCCAUAACUGAGUAGACCUGGCUAAAUAAUACUAAUUGUUAACAUAAUAACUACGAAACUACGUGUAAUUACGAAUCUCUAAGUGUAUACAUAUUUCCUUUUAGAUUUAUGAUAAUGUUUUCCAAGAUUUUUAUACUUCCGCCCAGCAUCUACCAUAAGAAUUUCCGGCGAAGAACUUUCUCUCAUGUUAAAAGAAUUUCUCAAAGAAAAUACAAAGAUAAAAGAAGAUCCUUACUGAAGCUGGCAUAUAAAAAAAAAAGUGUUUUCAUAUCAGAAACAUCAUCAAUAUUUACUAUCUUUUCAAGACUCAAGGACGAUGUUAUGCAGAACAAAUAUAACCAUGUUUAUAUAAGUCUUGUGAAUUAUGCUGAAAGGUUUCUUCUGGGUGAGAUUAUUUGCAACAUUCUCUCCCCUACCUGUCCCUUGCUGACCGACAUCGCCAAGUCUCUCAUUUACUACAAGACACCUACUUCUGUCUGGAAUGAGUACAUAAUAAUUUGCAUUGUAAAUAGAUUAAUUUAUAAAGGACUUUGCAGUAUAGAUCACAGUUAGCAGAUAUAUAGCACAAAGAAUUUUUGUUAGAAAUAAAUCAUAGGAAGGAAAACAAAAUAAAUAUUCAUAUCUUGUGGUGAGAAAAGAAAAGUUAUUAUAUAAGUUAAAAGAUUGAUAUUUUUUUCCUGAAGAGAUGGCAAAAACCUUAGACAAAGCUUCGUAUGAGUGCAGUAUAUGUAAAAAGUCUUUAGCUUCAAAAGGUAAUCUAACUUCUCACAUACGUAUUCAUACAGGAGAGAGACCAUAUCACUGUGGUGUCUGUAGCAAAACUUUCUAUCGAAGUGGUGAGUUAACUAUUCAUAAACGUGUUCAUACAGGAGAGAAACCAUAUCAAUGUGAUAUCUGUGGUCAAUCAUUCACCCGUAAAGAUAUUUUAACUACACACAAACGUAUUCACACAGGAGAGAAACCAUAUCAAUGUGAUAUGUGCAGUAAAUCAUUCUCCAGAAGUACUAACUUAACUGAUCAUAAACGCAUUCAUACUGGAGAAAAGCCAUAUCAUUGUGAUUUCUGUGGUAAAUCAUUCAAUCAAAGCAAUCAGCUAAUUAAACACAAACGUAUUCAUACAGGAGAAAAACCUUAUCACUGUGAUGUCUGUGACAAAUCAUUCUCUCGAAACGAUGAGUUAACUGCUCACAAACACGUUCAUACAGGAGAAAAACCAUAUCAAUGUGAUAUCUGUGGUAAAUCAUUCCUUCAAAAUAGUGCCUUGACUGGACACAAGCGUAUUCAUACUGGAGAAAAACGAUUUCAUUGUGAUGUUUGUGGGAAAGCAUUCUCACAGAGUACUGCUGUGACAAUACACAAACUUAUUCAUACCAGAGAAAGACCAUAUCGCUGUGAUAUCUGUGGUAAAUCAUUCAUUCGAAGUAAAGAUUUAAAGGGACAUAAAAACAUUCAUUCUGGAGAAAAACCAUAUCAUUGUGAUAUCUGUGGUAAAUCGUUCACACAGAGUAAUGCUUUAACUUAUCACAAACGUAUUCAUACUGGAGAAACACCAUAUCAGUGUGAUAUCUGUGGUAAAUCAUUCUCUAGAAAUAAUUCCUUGAGUGGUCAUAAACGUAUUCAUACUGGAGAAAAACCAUAUCAUUGUGACAUCUGUGGUAAAUCAUUCUCUCAAAGUACUGCUGUAACUGUACAUAAACGUAUUCAUACAGGAGAGAAGCCAUAUAAUUGUGAUAUCUGUGGUAAAUCAUUUUCUCGAAGUAAUUCCUUGACUGAUCACAAACGCAUUCAUACCGGAGACAAACCAUUUCAUUGUGAUGUGUGUGGUAAAUCAUUCUCGCGAAGUAAUUCCUUAGCUGAGCACAAGCGCAUUCAUACUGAAGAAAAUCCAUUUUGUGAUAUCUGUGGUAAAUCCUUCUCCCAAAGUACUGCUGUAACUGUUCACAAGCGUAUUCAUACUGGAGAAAAACCAUAUCAUUGUGAGAUCUGUGGAAAAUCAUUCUCCUACAGUAAGCUAUUAACUAAGCACAAAUGUAUUCAUAUGGGGGAAAAACUAUAUUACUGCAAUAUCUGUGCUAAAUCCUUCUCUCAACCUGGUGAUUUAGCUGUUCACAUCUGUAAGCUUACAUGAGAGAAAGAACUUCAUUCUGAUAUUUGUGACUGUGAUAGGUGAGAGACUAAAAAUAAUAAAAAGAAACAAAGUACAGUAUUUCAUCAUACUAUUAAGUUGCUGGAUAAAUUUGUUCAUUUCUUUCCUGUAUUCUUUCAAUUAACAUGAAAAAUAUUUUUA